AUGCCUGGCAGUGGAGGUCCUGUUGCAACGUUCUCUGUCUGGGACUAUGUGGUUUUUGCCGGCUUGAUUCUGUUCGCGGCCGGCAUUGGGUUGUUCCAAGCCAUCCGUGGACGAAAGGAAACCAGCAGUAGUGAAUUUCUACUGGGAGGCCGUCAGAUGACAGCCGUACCUGUGGCUUUAUCCCUCACAGCUAGUUUUAUGUCAGGUAUCACUGUAAUCGGAACGCCCGCCGAAGCUUAUCUGUACGGGACACCGUUCUGGCUCUUUGUCUUCUCUUAUGCGAUCAUGUCCACCAUCAGCGCUGAACUUUUUGUGCCUCUGUUUUACCGUCUGAACAUCACCAGCACUUAUGAGUACUUGGAAAUGCGUUACAACAAACUCAUUCGAAUCAUUGGAACAAGCAUGUAUAUUGCUCAAACCGCAUUAUACACAGGCAUGGUCAUCUAUGCGCCUGCACUCGCCCUGAAUCAGAUCACUGGUCUAGACCUGUGGGGAGUGCUAGUGGCGACAGGUGUUGUCUGCAUCAUCUACUGCACACUUGGAGGGCUGAAGGCAGUGAUAUGGACAGAUGUGUUCCAGAUGGUCAUUAUGUUGGCCGGGUUUGUGGCCGUUAUUGCACGCGGGGCGGCACUACAGGGGGGACUUGGGAGGGUCUGGAACGAUAGUUACCAUGGUGGACGUUUGGAAACGUUCAGUUUUGAUCCUGAUCCUUUGAGGCGUCACUCUUUUUGGACGAUCGUCGUUGGCGGCAGUCUGAUGUGGACAUCGAUGUACUCCAUCAACCAAUCACAAGUGCAACGCUACAUUUCUUGUCGGACAAUGACUCAGGCAAAGCUAGCACUGUACGUGAACAUGGUGGGGUUAUGGGUCACAGUGAGUCUGGCUAUGCUUUCUGGUCUCACAAUGUACUCCAUCUAUAAGGACUGCGAUCCGUUCAGUAAUAAAGAUGUGGGAGCCACGGAUCAGUUACUUCCAUAUCUGGUGAUGGACAUACUAGCAGAUUUCCCAGGAUUGCCUGGUUUGUUUGUGGCUGCGGCCUACAGUGGAACAUUAAGCACAGUGUCGUCCAGUAUCAACGCUCUAGUGGCAGUCACGGUGGAGGACUUUUUGAAACCUUCAUUGCCCUGGCUGACAGAGAGACAGCUGUCCUGGAUCAACAUGGGCAUGAGUGUAUUCUAUGGAGCUGUAUGCAUCGGCAUGGCCGGUGUGGCAUCCAUGAUGGGCAAUAUACUGCAGGCAGCCCUGUCCAUAUUUGGUAUGAUCAGCGGCCCUCUGCUCGGUCUGUAUGUGCUAGGCAUGUUCUUCCGCUGCGUCAACUCCACUGGAGGUUUAGUUGGUUUGAUUUCCGGACUGAUUAUAACAUUAUGGGUGGGAAUUGGAGCUCAGCUGUAUCCUCCAUUACCCGAGAAGACCCUUCGCCUUCCUCUGAGUGUGGACGGCUGCAUCGCUCCUGAGAUGAACCAAACCACCACUAUGACACCAUUUAGCACAGUCCUACAAACCACAACUCCAAUGCCAAGACCAGCUUUGGCAGACAGCUGGUAUUCUCUGUCCUAUCUGUACUUCUGCCCCGUAGGCAUAAUUGUGACCAUGAUCACAGGACUAUUCGUUAGUGCAGUCUCAGGUGGGUGUAAACAGCAGAAAGAUCGACCAGAGCUGUUUAUCACAAAGUCUGAUCUCCUUUGCUUCCGCCGCAGUGAAGACACAGAGAUGUCCAAGCCAGACCUCAUUGAGAAAGAGUCUAAACAUGUCCAGGGGCUGGACAGUCCAGUUUUCUGCGACAAUGAAAUUGCAUUGAAGGAGAAAGAAUCAGAGAAGAUCACAAGGUUUUAGAAGAAAGAUGUUGUAAAUAGUAAACGAAAACUGUAUUUAUGUAUGUUAAAAUAAAUGGAUGGACAUGAUGAGGACCUUUCGAAACCUACAUUUUACUGUAUGACACAUUUUCAUAAACUAUAAUAAAGCCAGUGAUUUACAUGAUUAAAAAUGUA